AUGCGCGAAAUUGUUCAUGUCCAGGCUGGACAAUGCGGCAAUCAGAUCGGUGCUAAAUUCUGGGAGGUGAUUUCGGACGAGCACGGAAUCGACCCCAAGGGCGACUAUCAAGGGGACUCGGACCUUCAACUGGAACGUAUCAACGUGUACUACAACGAGGCGGUCCAUGGGAACUAUGUUCCACGUGCCGUUCUGGUAGACCUUGAACCCGGCACCAUGGACUCCGUAAGGGCGAGUCCUUUUGGCCAACUGUUCCGCCCGGACAACUUUGUGUUUGGCCAAAGUGGUGCAGGAAACAACUGGGCCAAGGGCCACUAUACGGAAGGCGCGGAACUGGUCCAGUCGGUGUUGGAUGUGAUCCGGAAGGAGUCGGAAACGUGCGACUGUCUUCAGGGGUUCCAGCUGACCCACUCCUUGGGUGGGGGCACGGGGUCGGGCAUGGGUACCCUUAUUAUCAGCAAGAUUAGGGAAGAGUACCCUGACAGGAUCAUGAAUACUUUCAGCGUUGUUCCCUCCCCGAAGGUGUCUGACACGGUCGUAGAACCAUACAAUGCUACACUGUCCGUCCAUCAGCUCGUAGAGAAUACCGAUGAGACAUUCUGUAUCGACAACGAAGCUCUCUACGAUAUCUGUUUCCGGACUCUGAAGUUGACCACGCCCACUUAUGGCGAUCUCAACCACCUGGUAUCGGCAACAAUGUCAGGCGUGACAACAUGCCUCCGUUUCCCGGGCCAGCUCAACGCCGACCUGCGCAAGUUAGCCGUCAACAUGGUGCCAUUUCCACGCUUGCACUUUUUUAUGCCAGGCUUUGCUCCUUUGACGUCGAGAGGGAGUCAACAAUACAGGGCGCUUACCGUACCGGAAUUGACUCAGCAGAUUUUUGACGCCAAGAACAUGAUGGCUGCAUGUGAUCCACGGCAUGGCCGCUACUUAACCGUGGCCGCCAUUUUCAGGGGACGCAUGUCCAUGAAGGAGGUUGACGAACAGAUGCUUAAUGUACAAAACAAAAACAGCGCUUACUUCGUGGAAUGGAUCCCCAAUAACGUGAAAACUGCUGUCUGCGACAUCCCACCGCGGGGUCUGAAGAUGUCUGCCACUUUCGUUGGCAACAGCACCUCCAUCCAAGAGCUGUUCAAGAGAGUCUCCGAGCAGUUCACGGCCAUGUUCCGGCGUAAGGCGUUCCUCCACUGGUACACCGGUGAGGGUAUGGACGAGAUGGAGUUCACUGAGGCCGAGUCCAACAUGAACGAUUUGGUGUCCGAGUACCAGCAAUACCAAGAAGCCGUUGUGGACGACAACUUCGAAGACGCCCGCGAGGAGAACGAGGAAGGGGGAGCCCAAACAGCUGACUUUUGAACCCUCCUUUUACAUGUGCGGAACAAUUAAAGUUGAGAUAUAGUUCUUAAGACUCCUUUUUAUGACUAUGGUUUUGCAUAUCUGUCUAUACUUAUGAGUUUUGCUCUGAGUAAUUCUUGAUGAACGCCGACACCAGACUUUAAAUUGCGCAUAUAUUAAUCUUUUUGUGGUGUUUUUCUUAAUAUCAAAUACACAUGCCUGUUAAAUGUCAGCACAUGGCACUUUUGUCAUGCUUACCUACCUUGUCCAGGAUUCUGAACGUCAGAUUUGAAUAAACUCUC